AACACAACAGCAGAUGCCGAGAAAUCCAUGGAGACCACCCACCCAACCCACCACCCAACCUCCCAUACAAGCGCAAAGACAGACGCCAAGAAAUCCAUGGAGGCCACCCACUCAACCCACCACUCAACCCCCCAUCCAAGCGGAGAUACAGAUACCCAGAAAUCCCCAGAGGCCUCUCACUCAACCUUCCAUCCAAGCACAGCGACAGACGGCAAGACAACCUCCAAAAGUACCAGCCAUACAGGUCCCCUAACUUGCAAUUGCACUUCUGGGGCAGGCUGUCAAGAACAUCACUGCACAACUGAACAAUCCAAACACUUCUGUGUAACGACAGCAGAAGAUAUUAUCCUCGAUCCAGCACAUGGAAUCCGGAGUCUCGGAGAGAGCCGUACCUGCGGGGACAAUGUUGAACUUUGCAAUAAGACAAUCUCCAUCACCCUGAACGAACACACUUACUGGAGGAGCAAUACCACAUGUUGCCACAACAGGGACAACUGCAAUUCUCACUCCAUCAAGGCACCACCUGCGGACACCACUCAGAGCAAGCUGGUGUGUCCCUCCUGCUUUGCUGUCAAUAGUUCCGCCUGCGUACUGAGCAGCGUGAGAUGUGCUGGAUUGGAGACCAAAUGCAUCAAUGUUUCUGGGACUGUUGAGAAAGGUAACACCCACAGCACAUUUGCUGGUCAGGGCUGCGCCACCUCUACGGCAGACUCUAUUGAAAAUGGCACCACGCUGGUCUUUGGAGACGCCGCCUACCAUUUUACUCGCAUCACCAUGACAGAUGCUAAGGACGGUGCAAGCCAGACUACGAGGAGUGUUCCUUUCACCUUCCUCCUGUCCAGUUUUGUUGGGCUCCUGCAAGCCAAAUUCAUCUACUGACCUCCAUCAGUGUGUAUGCUUCAAAAAAACCCUUCUCCAUUCAAGCUAGAGGAACAUCGUGGACCAUAUUGUUGUUUGUGUAUUCAAAGGGCAAAUUAAUUAUUCUAAUAAGGUAUUCUAAUGGUGUUUUGAUUUCCUGUACAGCUAGAUCUGGAAAUGGGGUUUUGUUUUGUUCUGUUUUUGGCUCAAUGGCAGAAAUUUCCAUGUGAAACCUUGAGGCCAGGGGUCCCCAACUUUUUUGACCCUGUGGGUACUUUUCAAACUCCAACACAGUGUGGUGAGUGCAGCCCCAAAAUGGCUGCCUCAGGAGACAGAGACAGUCACAAAAUGGCUGCCGUGGCUUAUCUUCACUCACCCAGUAAAGACCUUUGCGCUGUGGUGGUAAGUGCUGCCAAAGGAACAUUCUUCCCCCCCAAAAAAAAUCC